GCGGGGAGUGCAAGCAUACCCUGUCCGGGGGAAGUGAGCGCAGGGUAGUGGAAUGUAGUUGCCAUUAGCGGGAAGAGGCGCUAACAGCUAGCCUGCAAUGCCCAGCUGGAGUUGGCGGGGAUGAAAAAAUGCCUCACUUUACGGUGGUACCCGUGAGGGAUCGAGCCCAGUCCGGCUAUGACGGUCUGGAGGGGAUCAACUCGGUGGACCACGGGGACGGUGGACCACCAGAUCAUCAAGACACUGUCAGCUCUGACGGACUUGGCAAUCACAAAGAGAACAGCCCGUUCCUCAACAGUCCUGAUGAGAAGAAGAAGAAUGACUUCUAUGACAGGAACCUGGCUUUGUUUGAGGAAGAGCUGGACAUUCGACCCAAGGUGUCCUCUCUGCUCAGUCGCUUGGUCAGCUACACAAACAUCACCCAGGGAGCAAAGGAGCAUGAGGAGGAAGAGAGCACUGAGGCCUCUCGGAGAAAAACUCCCAAGUCGCCCAAUAUGGGCACUCUGAUGGGCGUCUACUUGCCGUGCCUACAGAACAUUUUCGGGGUCAUCCUCUUCCUGCGGCUGACGUGGAUUGUUGGGGUGGCCGGCAUCAUGCAGUCCUUGCUGAUUGUCAUCAUGUGUUGCACAUGUACCAUGCUCACAGCCAUAUCGAUGAGUGCCAUUGCAACAAAUGGUGUUGUUCCAGCUGGUGGGGCCUAUUUCAUGAUCUCACGCUCUCUGGGUCCAGAAUUCGGAGGAGCUGUUGGCCUGUGCUUCUACCUGGGCACCACCUUUGCCUCCGCCAUGUACAUCCUUGGAGCCAUUGAAAUAUUUUUGAAAUAUCUGGUCCCCCAGGCCGCCAUCUUUCAUGCCGUAGAUCACCACGGCACUGACAGCGCGGUGCUGAACAACAUGCGCGUCUACGGUACCAUCUGCCUCAGUCUCAUGGCUGUGGUGGUUUUUGUGGGUGUCAAAUAUGUCAACAAGCUGGCCUCGCUCUUCCUCGCCUGCGUCAUUAUCUCAAUUGUCUCCAUCUAUGCUGGCGCAAUCAAGUCUGUCUCUCAUCCACCAGAGUUCCCGAUCUGCAUGCUUGGCAACAGGACCUUGGUUAGAGAUCGUUUUGAUGUGUGUGCAAAGACGAUAACCACUGGCAACAUCACAGCGCCCAGUCAGCUGUGGGACAUGUUCUGCCUUCCGGGGAACAUGAGCAGCGCACAGUGCGAUGACUACUUCCUGCAGAAUAAUGUCACAGAGAUCCAGGGCAUCCCCGGGCUGGCGAGUGGAAUAUUGCGAGACAACAUGUGGGGCAACUACCUACAGAAAGGGGAGAUCCUAGAGAAGGAGGGGCUAGCGUCGGUGGGCUCACACGGCACCAUGGAGAACUUUGGCAUGUACGUGUCCGCAGACAUCGCCACGUCCUUCACACUACUAGUGGGCAUCUUCUUCCCAUCUGCCACGGGCAUCAUGGCAGGCUCCAACAGGUCUGGAGAUCUCCGGGAUGCUCAGAAGUCCAUCCCCAUUGGAACCAUUUUAGCUAUUACCACCACUACUCUUGUCUAUCUAAGUUCUGUUAUCCUAUUUGGGGCCUGUGUCGAAGGGGUGGUCCUAAGAGACAAAUUUGGUGACGCAGUUAGGAACAAUUUGGUGGUGGGAACUCUGUCCUGGCCGUCCCCUUGGGUCAUUGUCAUCGGGUCAUUCUUCUCUACGGUGGGAGCAGGUUUGCAGACGCUAACUGGAGCACCAAGACUUCUCCAGGCCAUCGCCAAGGACAAUAUAAUCCCUUUCCUCAGAGUGUUUGGACAUGGGAAGACAAAUGGUGAGCCAACAUGGGCCCUAUUGCUGACUGGCCUCAUAGCUGAACUUGGUAUCCUGAUUGCCUCCUUGGAUAUGGUGGCUCCAAUCCUUUCCAUGUUUUUCCUUAUGUGCUAUCUCUUUGUUAACCUGGCCUGUGCCGUGCAAACGCUGUUGCGCACCCCAAACUGGAGGCCAAGGUUCAGAUAUUACCACUGGACUCUAUCCUUCCUUGGAAUGAGCAUGUGCUUGGCCCUGAUGUUCAUCUCCUCCUGGUAUUAUGCUAUUGUGGCCAUGGGCAUUGCUGGGAUGAUCUACAAAUACAUAGAGUACCAGGGAGCAGAAAAGGAGUGGGGAGACGGCAUCCGAGGACUAUCCCUUAGUGCGGCACGUUAUGCUCUGUUAAGGCUAGAAGUCGGACCCCCGCACACUAAGAAUUGGAGACCUCAGUUGUUAGUUCUGUCAAAGCUGGAUGAGGACCUCCAUAUCAAAUAUCCUCGGCUGCUGACCUUUGCCUCUCAGCUUAAGGCAGGGAAGGGCCUGACCAUAGUAGGAUCUGUCAUCCAUGGAAAUUUCUUGGAAAGUUACGGGGAACUGCAAGCAGCUGAACAGACCGUCAAGAACAUGAUGGACAUUGAGAGGGUCAAGGGUUUCUGCCAAGUUGUGGUGGCGACCAAGGUGCGGGAGGGCAUCGUCCACCUGAUCCAGUCCUGCGGGCUCGGGGGCAUGAAGCACAACACGGUGAUGAUGGGAUGGCCGUACGGCUGGAGGCAAAGCGAGGACCCUCGAGCCUGGAAGACCUUUAUCAACACAGUCCGGUGCACCACAGCAGCCCACCUGGCUCUAAUGGUGCCCAAAAACGUGUCGUUCUACCCGAGCAACCACGAGCGCUUCACUGAUGGCAACAUUGACGUGUGGUGGAUCGUCCACGACGGUGGGAUGCUCAUGCUGCUGCCUUUCCUGCUCAAGCAACAUAAAGUGUGGCGAAGAUGCAGAAUGCGUAUCUUCACGGUAGCCCAGAUGGAUGACAACAGCAUUCAGAUGAAGAAGGAUCUAGCAACAUUCCUCUACCAGCUGAGGAUAGAGGCUGAAGUGGAAGUGGUGGAAAUGCAUGACAGUGACAUCUCGGCAUACACUUACGAGCGCACGCUGAUGAUGGAGCAGAGAUCUCAGAUGCUGAGACAAAUGAGACUUUCCGGCGCAGAGAAGCAGAGAGAGGUAACGCACACACAAAAGUGUCAUCAAGAUGGGCAUGUCUGGAAUUCAUACUUCCGUCCUUUCUCCUCACAGGCCCAACUUGUUAAGGACAGACACUUGCUGGUGCGAAUGGGAAGUUUGUACUCAGAUGAGGAGGAGGACACGUUGGAGAGUCCUCUGCCGGGGAAUGUUCAGAUGACCUGGACGAAGAAAAAGUCUGAGGCUGAGAGAAGAAACACAAACAAUGCACCCGAAAACUUCAGAGAACUCAUGAGCCUCAAACCGGACCAGUCCAACGUGCGGCGCAUGCACACAGCCGUGAAGCUGAACGAGGUGAUCGUCAACAGGUCUCACGACGCUCGGCUGGUGCUCCUCAACAUGCCGGGACCACCUCGCGACACAGAUGGAGAUGAAAACUAUAUGGAGUUUCUGGAAGUGUUGACCGAAGGUUUGGAAAGAGUGCUGCUAGUGCGAGGCGGCGGGCGUGAGGUCAUUACCAUCUAUUCUUGACCAAACAACAAACCAUGGAGGUUCACAUCACAUUAGAAUUCAGUGUCUUCAUAUACUGUAAGAUCAUGAUCAGACCAUUUAUUUAGAGCAAGAGUGGGGAACCUUUUUCCCAUCUAGGAUCAUUUCAGUCCUUUGAGGUCCACAUGGUGGACCGGAUCACAUGGCCCAUAGGAUGUAGGUUACCUUCCCUGACGCAGUAUACAGUAUAUAGAGCUGCAGUACUGCCUGUGUGUACACAAAGACAAAGAAGAUUUUGAUUUUGGGGGUGAGGGGGGGGGUCACUUUAUUUAUUUAUUUAUUUGACACUUUACAUGUUUCUCCUUUAUAAGGCAAUAUACUGUGUUCCCAGCUAUAAAGCAAUGGAAGACUUUAGUAUUCAGCUUUGCAUGCAAAAGAUGAUUGGUUUGUCUGUUAUUUUAAACUGAUAUUUCUAUUGUUUGUAUAUUUCUUUUUCUGUAAAGUUUUUAUUUCUAAGAUGAUGUGCAAAACUAGUGUAGGGAACCACUGGGUCUUUCUCUUACUGAAAGAACAGUGUGUUUUAAAGUGAUUACGGUCGACAAGUUGUGCAAUUACAGAACAAUGCUAAGAUUCCUGAAUUAGAUUUUGUUUCAAGUCAGUUAAAUUUAGAAAAUUACUUCAAGCUAAUAGAUUUCAAUCAGUUUAGUUUAGUAAUUAUAUUUUUAUUGUAGUUUUAAUUUUUAGUUGAUGUUUUUUCCCCCAAAGCAGAAUUGGUCGGUGUUAAGGUUGAACAAUGUAGUAGUAGCUAUUUUUAUAUUCUAAAUUAAUGGUGGCAAUAAUCAUUUUGGUGAGAUUUUUUUUCACAAAACUUCCCACAUAUAAAAAAGUGAAUUUCUAUGACUAGAUGUCCUUCAAUAAAUAUAUUUAUUGCAAAAGUCAUACUCUUGUCCACUGAUGCUUUGUGCUUCUUCUAUUUUAUAUAUUUUAUUUUGGCACAAAAAAAAAAACAAUAUAAAGAAUCUAUUACAAUAUAGCUAUUAGUAGUGGUUGUAUUUUUUUGUGUACUUCUGACCUGCUGCUGGUGAUGGAUGUUGCAAAAUGUUGUUUGGUUCAGUCUUUCAAGUGUGAAUAUUUUUAAAUUCUGGUUAAAAACUUUUUUUUCAAGCUUUUUAGAGCAUUUCCAUUCUUAAAUGAUCUUUUUUGCACUGUAAAUUUUUUUUUUGCCUUUGUUUUUAAGCUUUUUUUCUCUCUUUAUUUUUAUUUUUUUAAAUGCUUUUAAUCAUGUAAAGCACAUUGAGUUACCUUGUGGAUGAAAUACGCUACAUGAAUAAAUUUUCUUUGCUUUGCUUUUACA